UAAACGAUUACGGAUAUUUACGAAUCGAGUCUCGAGUAGUCUCGACGGACUAGCCCUAUUAUAUAAUAUUUUAAAAUGUACGCAUAAUAUUUUAUCAUCAUUCUUAUUUGUUUAUUAAUUUAAUUUUCAAUAUUGUAAUAUAAGUUAUAACAUCGUUUUAAAUGUUUAUGUAAUAUUAUAUCUAUCACAGUAAUUAUUAUGUAUAUUUCGAUAUGAUUUCGACUAGCCAGAGAUCUAACCAAUCGAACAUUUAAACUAUCAUUAUCUUAGUACAAUUAUUUAUUUAUUUUUUUUUUUUGUGUAAAUGGGAGUGAUCAUUGUCGCCAAAUAAAUAAACUGAUAUUCUUUGUAUUAAUAGUAUUUCUAGAAUACUUGUCUAUAGUUAUAUUUUAGAUUGAUUUGUUUACUGACUUUUUUGCUUUUAAAUUAACCAAGUACAACAAACUACUACAAUGUCUUUCACGUUCUCAGCAUUUACUUAUAUCGUGGCCAUGAUAUCAGAUGCAUUUUUAAUUUUUUUUUCGAUAUUCCACAUUAUUGCAUUUGAUGAACUUAAAACUGAUAGCAAAAAUCCUAUAGAUCAAUGUAACAGUCUAAAUCCAUUAGUGAUUCCUGAGUAUAUGCUACACUUCUUCUUCAAUCUUUUAUUUUUGUUUGGAGGCCAGUUUAUUUCAUUGGCUAUUAAUAUACCAUUAAUGGCUUAUCAUAUAAAAAAGUAUCAAAACAGACCAGUUAUGUCUGGUUUUGGUCUUUAUGAUCCUACAAGUAUUAUGAAUGCUGAUAAAUUGUAUAAAUAUCAACGUGAAGGUUGGAUAAAAUUAGCAUUUUAUCUGUUUUCGUUUUUCUAUUACUUAUAUGGAAUGAUACGAGCAUUGAUAACAGUUUAAACCAAAGUCGCUUUUACCAAUGAUUUUGUACAUACUUGUUCAUUUUUCAUAGGUGCAAUUUUUUAUUUAAGUCUACCUCAGUGUAUUUAUAUACUUCAUAGAAAAUUAACAGGAUAUAACUACAUAAUAGCACAAUUUUUAAUUUGUUUUUUUGCAUUUGGUAACAUAAAAAAAAAAACUGGAAAAAAAUGUAAUAUUUUAUAAAAAAUGUUUUUAUAAUAUGUAUUGUAAAAUAUUUUAUAUUUACAAUAUUUAAUUUUUUUUAAUAGAUAUAAAAAUAGUUAUGUUACUGUGUAUAUUAUUGGUAUGUAAGGAAAAAUAAAUAAUAGUAUUUAUUCAUUUUGUUGCCUUUCUACUUAUAUAAUAGUAGUAUUUUCCUUUGAUAUAAUUUAAUACAAGAGUAAGUCCACAGUAUAUAUUAAUCUGAUGAUAACAAAAUUAUAUUUCUCACAAUAAUAUUACAAUUUAUUUAAUAAAUGUAGACUUAACAUUAAUUCUUACAACUAGUUAUAAAUGGAAAUUUUUAAAUUCAUUAUUUUUUUUAUAAAUACUAUUUAUACUAUUUUUAAUGGCAGUCUGAUUUUUUUUUUUUAGUGUUUACAACUUUAUAAGGAUAACAAAUUAGUACUGUAAUAAUAGUCAUUACUCAUAAUUUAUAUUUUAUAAAUGUAUAUUUGUAUGAAAGGUAAUAGUUUAAGUUAACUUAUACAAUUUUACUGAGUUUUGAUAUGUAGGUGUAUAGAAUUUUAGAAAUAAUUUUUAUGCGUAAGUUGAUAACCAUAAAUAUUUCUCUAGAAGUAAUUGUGGUAUAACCGUUUCAAUAUUUUAUGUCAUCUAAAUAUAUAAAAAUAACUAUUAGUAAGUAAGUAAUCCUAACAUUAUUGAUGUCAUAAAUUAAUUUUGUUGUACAGUAAAAUAAUAUAAUAUUCAACAUAAAUAAAUUAUCAAAAAUGUAAAUUAUGGAAAUAAUUAAAAUUAGAGAAACUUUUUAUUAUCUGAAUAGUAAUAGUAAUAUUUUACUUACAAAUCUUACCUAAUGUCUCUGUGAAUCCUAUCUAUACUUGUAUAUUG